AGAAGAAGAGGAAGAGGAACAUCCCACGUGUCGUAAUCAUAACGCGACUGUUGAUGUGACACACGAGGAUGUGUUGCUUUGUGUUGAAAUAGUUUUUUUGUAGCGAUUAUUCGGUAAAAUAAUCACACACGGGCUGAGAAAUCAAUCCUUGGAGGGCGAGAAAAAGGAAAAAGCGACAUGGCUGACUUUUCUUCUCUCGGUCUGUCAGACUGGCUGGUUAAGCAGUGUAAGCAGCUGGGCAUCAACAAACCCACUCCUGUGCAGGAAAAUUGCAUGCCGGCUAUUCUACAAGGUCGGGACUGUAUGGGCUGUGCUAAGACUGGAAGUGGGAAGACGGCAGCGUUUGUGCUGCCAGUCCUGCAGAAACUGUCAGAAGACCCUUAUGGCAUCUUCUGCCUGGUGCUCACUCCUACCAGGGAGCUGGCCUAUCAGAUUGCAGAGCAAUUUCGAGUCCUGGGGAAGCCUCUCGGAGUGAGAGACUUGAUUAUCGUUGGAGGAAUGGACAUGGUGACUCAGGCCUUGGAGCUCUCCAACCAGCCGCAUGUGGUGGUAGCGACGCCUGGGCGGCUGGCUGAUCAUAUCCGCAGCUCCAACACCUUCAGCAUGAGAAAGAUCCAGUUUCUGAUUCUAGACGAGGCAGACCGCCUGUUGGAGCAAGGCUGCACCGACUUCACCAAAGAUCUGGAGACCAUCCUGGGGAUUUUGCCGGCUAAGCGGCAGACGCUUCUGUUCAGCGCCACACUCACAGACACCCUGCAGGAGCUGAAGGGCAUCGCCAUGAACAAGCCUCACUUCUGGGAGAGCAAGUCAGAGACAAAAACUGUGGAGGAGCUGGAUCAGAGGUUUAUCCUGACUCCAGAGAAGGUGAAGGACGCCUAUCUGGUCCACCUGAUCCAGAUGUUUACUGACAAGCACAACGACUGGUCCAUCAUCGUCUUCACCAACACCUGCAAGGACUGUCAGAUCCUCACCAUGAUGCUGCGUGAAUUUAACUUCCCAACCAUCUCCCUGCACUCCAUGAUGAAACAGAAACAACGAUUCGCAAACCUCGCCAAGUUCAAGGCCAGCGUCUACAAAAUCCUCAUCGCAACAGACGUGGCUUCACGAGGUUUGGAUAUUCCAACUGUCCAGGUUGUCAUCAACCACAACACGCCCGGCCUUCCCAAGAUCUACAUCCACAGAGUCGGCCGAACAGCCAGAGCAGGGAGGAACGGAGUGUCCAUCACACUGGUGACUCAGUACGACAUCCACCUGGUCCAAGCCAUCGAAGCACAGACUCAAACAAAGUUAAAGGAGUAUCCCGUGGUAGAGAAAGAAGUCCUGAAGAUCCUCACCCAGGUCAAUGUGACUCGACGAGAGUGUGAAAUAAAACUGGAGUCCACAGAUUUUGACGAGAAAAAGGAGAUCAACAAGAGGAAACAGCUGAUCUUGGAGGGAAAGGAUCCAGACCUGGAGGCCAAGAGGAAGGCUGAGCUGGAGAAGAUCAGGAGCAAGAAGAAGCUGUUCAAACAGAAAAUCCAAGAGAGCAUUCAAAAACAGAAGCAUGGACAGCUGAAGAAGAAACUAAUGAAGAGAAAACAGAUGAAAACUAAAAAGGCGGCAGAGGCAACAGCGUGAAAACUGCUCUGACUUAUGUAAAUAAAAGUUUUAUUACUGUACA